CCGUGUGUAACAGCUCGAGUGCAAUACCACAUGUCCGCAGAUGAGUCGCACAGGUGCUCUCUGCAUCCACUCGCCAUUUAUCCGACACUCGCGGUACCGGCGAGUCAACUCGCGUGCGCACUCCCCGGGAACACGUGCUUGCGAAACAAUCGAUACAAAAAAAAUCGACUAAAGACUCUCUCAAAUAGUUUUGACAGAACAUCCUUAAUUUAUUAUCGAAUGUCGCGCGCUCCAAUUUCGAAUUUAAAAAUAGAAUUAAAUUGAAGUGGUCUAUGGAAAAAAUAAAUAAACAGUGGACUUUAUCAAUGUGAACUGAUUUUAAUUUGAUAUUAUUAUUAUCAUAAGUAAACAUCACUAUGUAUUGUUCCUGUAUUUAAGUGUUCACACGGUCUUCGGAACAACGAGCCGAUAGAGUGCUCACCAUUCCUAGCGCGAUGAAAGCAUAAGGUGCUACUAGCGAUGCGGAUGGCGGGAGGUGACGAGGAUGGCGGCGGCGGGGGGUAGGAUGGCCGCCACGCUUCUGCUGGUGGUGGUGGUGGUCUGCACGGCGGCCGUGACCGGCGCGCGCCUCGGGGAACUCGCGCGCCGAGACACUGGUGACAUCUUUACUAUCACUGAAAAUGAGUGCAGCGCAGCGUUAUGCGCAGAGCACGGAGCAGGCGCGCGCGCCGCAGAACCAGGCGGCGAGUGCGCAUGCGCGUGCCCACAGCGCGCGCCGCUCUUUAGAGAGGACAGGGAACUAUGCGUUGAUGAUCUGCCAGAAUGUUCGCUAGCUACGUUUGGGACCGGCAGCGCUGUACAACGGAUACCGUUUGUAUACCUGCCACUAAAAGGACAGAUUAUACACCCAUCCAGGGAGAUCACUUUCAAAAAUGUCAAAACACCAAUAUGUGCUGUAUCAGGCGCUCAAUUUCUAACACGGAAAGGUUUCCUCGAUCUACGAAACACUUUGGAUGCUGAUGUCCCCUUCAAUCUAUUCCGUGACGAAGGCAGAACAUUUCUACAAUGGAGCGGAGAGAACGACGUGCGUGCAAGAAUGACCGGACGAGUAAUGGUGGUGCGAUUGCUGUGUCGCGAUGUCGCCGCCACUCCCACGUCGCCACUUGAUUUGCGAGGAGUGUUCACACCAUGUGUUGCAUUUAGGGUGCAAGGAACUCCACCUAAACCGUACUCAAAUAUAACAGAAGUGCAAUUUGCACCAAACGCACAAACAGCAGGUGCGUCCAGCUCCAACGGUCUCACAGUGUCGGAAUAUGUCGCCAUUGGCAUCAGUUCCUUACUUCUCGGUCUCAUCUACGUUGCAUCUGUUUUCCUAUUCCUACACAUUCGAAAACGUCGCAAGGCAAUGUCUGAUGAAGACGGCAAUAGAAGAUUGAAAGGACUCAUUAAGAAAGAUGGAUCUAUAAUUACUGAAAGAGAUAUCGUUAGGGUAAACAAUGAACGAAUUCAAAAUCUCCCAAAUACAAUGUGUCAAGAUGACGGAAUAAUCAAGAAAAAUCCUUUAUUGAAUAUUAGCCGACAGCUUCAUGACAACAAGAACUUCACCAGUGAUUCAGGAAGUAAUGUAUCUGAUUCAGAUGACUUUGGAGAUAGCGCUCGGAGUGAUGAUAAUUCGUACAAUAACCAAACUACUUCGGCAGUAAUACAUCAACAUUAUGGUGAUUUCAAAGCAAAUAAAAACGAUAAUUCAGAAGUAAGUCAUCGCGACGAGUCAGGAAUUGAAAGGCUUCCAGAUGAGCAUGUGUCUAUUGUAGAAACACAAGAUGAUCGGGAAAUAGCGCGACCAGUUGGCACAACACGAAGGAAAUUAUACUUUAACCCUGCUUACUUCGAACCACAGCUAAUGGCGGAACCCCCAGCUGCGGCAUUGGAAUUUUUGGUCAAAAUCAGAGAAGUUAUCGCAAUAGCAAAGCACAAAAUGGCAGCCAAGAGAUUUCAACCAGUUUUAAACCAAAUACCUGAAGAAGAAACUAUCCCUUCGAAUGGAAACAGUAUCGACAUGUAUCAAGGAAUGGGGAGCCAAAGAAGUGGAAGUGUAGUCAGUCUGAAAAGAGAAAACAGUAGAAAGAAAAGUUGCAUAGGCUGUCCGGGUUGCAAGAUAGAUGACGACAGUGAUAUCCAACAAAUAGCGAAGUACAAUAUCCCAGCCUGUGUUAACUGUCUCAGCAACAAAGGAGAUAAGCAAAAUAGUAUACGAAAGUGGUUGGAAAACAUUCCCACGGCAAAACAACAUGCGUACAACGACUUUUUGCCCACAAAUCAAAACAGUUUAGCCGAAUCGCUUUUAUCACUUCCUGUCAGCGAAAGUCGUCGGAAAGUGAGAAAACAAAACAGUUUUUCAAGUUCUAAUUCAAUGUAUUUGGCAGAUAACUGUUCAGUGCCCAAAAAAUCAUCAACAUUAUCUGUUAGAUCGGAACCCGCGUUGCGAAGUUAUAAUCUACCGCUACCUGAUUUUGAAAACGCGGACCGUCAACGCAUAGACUUCAAUUCGUAUUGCCAAACUGUUGCACGUGUGGAUGAUAUUAGACCUAUUGGUUUAAAUGAUUAUCGCUCUUUAAGAAAUGGUAUAGGUCAUCCAAGAAUAAGUAAACCUUUUACAAAUCAUGUUCUUCCUGAUAUGGUAAACGAAGCCAUUGCUCUCGAUCACUGUACAAAAUCUUACAACCAAAGUAGUUCUGAUGAAGAAAGAAUAAGUAAUAUUAAAAAGCCAAAAAUUCCAAUCACAAAUCCAUACGCGAGGACUGCGUCGGAGAGUCCGUGUGGUAAUGAUUAUGAAACAGAUAGUUUGGAAAGAAGUACACAUAAAAAGGCUUUAUCUACAACAGAUUAUACUGAUAUACCAUCAUCACAGGCCAGCCCAAGCUUAAGUAAUGCUCUACCCUUAGAAGAAGAACUUACAAUGAGAAAUGCUAUAUAUAAAAUUCAUUCAAGCAGUAACAGCAAUACUCCUUCACCACAUAGAGAUGUUUGUAUUGACCAAAAUCAUUACGAAACAAUAGAGAAGACUCAACCUCCUCCUUUCGAAACACCUAAAGCUAGUUUAGUUAGUGAAGUUUAUGUUAAUAAUACCUAUAACUUUGGAAGCGCCCCAACAUCACCCAGUGGUUCAGAUUGUUCCAUGGGCAGUCGAAAGUUAGUAACCACUAUCAACGAUACAGAAUUAAAGCCUGGUUGUUUGACUAUUGAAGUAAAAGACCCUCCAGAAAAUUACAUCAAAAUACAUGAAUCGGACGGUUUUGAACCAGACACUUUAGACAGAAAACAUCCCAAACACAAAGAAACUGGCGAUCAGUUCAGUAGGAAAGAUCUUAUUAAAAAUAUUGACGAUAAGGAAACUUCUCCGGUUCAACAACGUAUACAGCUCAGAAGUAGUGGUACUUUCCAGAAAAUAAGUGAUAAGGUAGAUUAUUCGACGAAAUUCAAUAGUCUUAGACAUGAGUACGAGCAACGAAAAAACAUUUUUGAACGUCCAAAGUUGACUGCAAGUGUUUAUAGUGGAUCAAAAAGUCUUGAAGACACAACGAGUGAGUCUUGGCAUGAUGCCGAGGAAUGGACAACAGAAGAGGGUCGAAUACUGACGCUAGAAUUGAGACACUCUAAAAGACAACGACAAUGUACGCCUCCAACGAUAAAACAGCUGAAAAAUCUAGCACGACCCGAUGUUUUACCACCAUUACCACCUACAGACGAUGACCCAAUUUAUGAACAGCCAAUAUUUCCACCUAGAAAAGUUGAGACGGAUUUGGAAACAAUAAACGAAAUUAAUCCAAAAAACGUGACUGGCAGAAGCCUCAGUCCGAGGAUAUUUACGAAGAGUAUGACUACUGACUCGACGCACGAUAGUUCCAUAUCUCCAGAAUCACAUUAUGGAGCUUCUUGCAGUCCAAUGAGAGCUUCUGUCCAGUCACAAUCCUCGGAGUAUGAAAACAUGGAGUCCAUUAGUGGGACUGUUAGAAAAAUGGACGUGAACCGAAAUGUGAUUCGAAAACGUUCUGGUAGAAGUGGCAACAUAAAUACUGACACUUUUGUUAAAGGAUCAAAGAUUGAAGGACAUUCAAAGACUCGAUUUAGAAGGAAGAAAGGUUCUAAUGUACAAGACUCUGGUUAUUUAAGCAGUGACUCUACUUCGUCAAGGCAAAUGCCUAGGAAAUUAGUGAUUGCCAAAAUAGUGAGUUGUAGUGAAAGUGACGAUACGGAGAACGAGGCUCGAAGUGAAUCCGGUGCCGAAAGUAUAGAGACACAUUCCGUUUACUUCGAUAAUUUUCGAAAAAUACAGACUGAGAUAGAAGACGAUUUUAGUUUUAGUAGUAAAUCUUUUAGUGAUGUUAAUGGGAAAUUCAAAUCCAACGAAUGUUUAUAAUGCAUUCCUAUUUGUUUUAGAUUAAGUUUACAUGAACAAUGUGCAAUAAUCACGGUGCAAUAUGGACAGUGCUCCUAAUAAUAGAAUUACUAUGACUUUAUGCUUACCUACUUAAUAAAAUCCUGUAUAUUUUUUUAAUGUUUACAUACCUAUAUUAUAAUAAUUUACUUAUAAGUCAACGUGUUAAACACGAUCAUUAUUAUUAAUCUAAUUUAUCCAUAACAGUACCUCUUACAAACAUCGAUUUUAUUAUUUAAGUUACUAGAAAUAAUUUAGUGAAAUAAUGAGGCCGGACGUGCAAUGCAAAAAUAGAAUAAUAAUAAUAACUUUAGAACUAUUUAUUUGACUCUGUACAGUGUAUGUAUAAUUUAUUUAGUUAUUAAUUCAUAUAUUGUAUAUUUGGUUUAUAGAUGAAGAGUCAGGCAGCAGUGUUUAGCUUCCUAGUACCUGACAUUAUACAGUGCUCCAGAGAGGAUCAGAAUUUUAUCCUCUCUGUCGAAUGCAAGAGCACGAAUAUUUUGGUUGUGGCAAGACUUUUGUUGGGAACAAACAAUCGUAAGAUAAAGUGUGUUAAUUAAACCAUCAUAGAUUUAGAAAAGAUUUCUAUAUUUUAUAUUUGUUUUUAAGAACGAAAGAAACUCUCACCAAAUCAAUUGCUUAACAGAGAGAUAGAGAAUUAUUAUUAACACAAAUUCGACUAUUUUCAAGCCUAACCGGGACUCACAAGCGUGGCUUGAAAUUAGUCGAACUCGAAUAUUAACCUAACAUUAACACGAAUGGUUAAUUUAUGAGUAAACUUAUUCUUUAUUUUACUGAAAUUAUAUUUAAAAAAUAUUGUAGUAUUUUAACAGCUUAUAGAAGAAUAUCAAUGGGAUUGUUUGUUACCAACAGUCACAGGGUUUUAAGGUUGUGGGGUAUUUUAGAAAUAUUUAGUUUUAAAUUUAAGUUAAUUUAUAAAGUAGCUGAUAAUAUGGUGCUAAGACAACGCAAAAGGGGGAAACCGGGUACUUUUAGCAUAUACACAUUCUGUUAUAAUGUCAUUUAGAAUUUUGUAUAAUAUUCAACAGAUUUGUAUAGAAGUAGUCAUGUUUUAUUAAUAUAAAGACUUCUUGCUCAAUGCUGUAUUUAAAAACAAACUGUUUUACAGAUUAAAUGAAACAUUUUCAGUAAUAAUUUUAAUUGUAAUCAGAUAAUUUUAGAACACCUUAUAUUUGUAAAAACAUCGGAAAAAACCUUAGGUUUUCAUGCAUAAUAAUAUUCAAUGUUAGGUAAAUUUAAUUUAAAUUAUACCUAAUCCAAUUAAUUAUAAGAAAACAUAUAGGUAAGCGAGAUAUCAAAUAAAAUCAAUUGUAUAAAACACUAAUAAAAUGCUCAAUAGAUUUUAAGAAUAUAUUUAUAUGUUUUGAGUUAUUUUUAUUAAGAAACUCUUUACAGCCAGUAUUUAAUAGUGGCUAACUUGUACAUUAUUAAUACUAGACUAAUUUGUUUGAAUGUAACUAUUAUUUAAUUUAUUUUAUUAUCAACAUGGAGUUUUUAUCAAUAAGUUUAUCCGCCAUACAGAGUCAUUUAAUGGUUACUUAACCCAGUCCUUAGUAAUUGUUUUCGAUACAAAAACGUUACUAAAGAAUAGUUUAAGUAAUCAUUAAAUGUCUCUGAGUGUGGUUGUAUGUUGUUCAUGACAAAACUAAGUGAUGCCACUUUGUAACAAUUAUAUUUGUUUAUUGUUAUUACUGAUUUGAUAUUAUUAAAGAAUGAUGUCACAUUC